AUGGAAGGUGAUGAGCAGUUUUCUCCAGAUGCUGAUUUCUCGCCUUCUGCUUAUCUUCCUAGUGAAUCUUGUGCCCAUGAUAUUGAGAAGUCGUGGGAUGUCUGCAGCUCGUUUCCUGUGAAAGCCAGUGCCGCAGACAAUAGGGAUACAUCUUCAUCUUCUUCCUUGAGAAGCGAAAAGGCCAUCGAUGUCACGGUGCCCCUGCAUCAGCGAACAGUGGCCCUGAGUGCCUCAGCAUUGGCCCUCUCAGAUCCUGUCCCGUCCUUUGCUUGGGAAACUGGGUUCUGGGAGAAUUUCUUUGAUGAGCGAUCUGCAGUAGACAGGAUGGCUCCUGCCUUCAAGUUUCAUCGCCCGAAACCUGCUGGUUCGAUUGAGGUGACAACUCAGCCUGAUGCUGAGGUGCAAGCCCCAGGCAAGAGGCCUAGACCCGAAGGUCCUGAAUCCUUCUUGGAUGUGGUGAAGAACCGUCUCGUUAUUUCCUGGAGGGACAAGCGUGAGGCUGAGCACCGCCGAGCCUUGUGCAAGUGGUCUAGCAUCUUUGAUAAGCUUGAUGGGUCCUGUGACCCUGUGAUUCAAAGCAUUUCAGAGUUGCCGGAAACCGAGAAAUUUAAUACCCUUGACGACUACAUGGCGCGGAAGGCCCCGGGUACCAUGACCAAAAGGGCCAACUCGUUCCUUAAAGUAAUCAAGGUGGCUGAGGGAAAAGGCUUACGCUUUCCUGUCACAGAGCCUCAGCUGUAUGAGCUCCUGCAAGAAGCCACGACAGGAGGUGCAGUUCCUUCGCAGCUCCGAGGCAUUAUGGAAACACUCCUUUUUGCCAGGCAUGUCUUUGGGAUUCAGGCGUUACACCAGUUAGCCAUCAGCAGAAGGUGUUGGGGUGUCGGUGCAGCGCGCCAAGCACGUGCCGUCUCGAAAGCCGCAGGACUGCGUGUUGUAGACUUGAUUGCCUUGCACAGGACCCUAGAUUCGAGCCAGAACGUUUGGGAUCGUUUGUUCGCAGGGUGUGCUCUGUUCUGCGUAUAUGCUAGAGCCAGGUGGAGCGACGCUCAGCAUAUUGAUACGUUCAGGUAUGAUCAAGGACCUGACAGCCCCAAGGUGGACUAUCUUGAGGCGGUUAUCGACAUCCAUAAAAACAUGAACCGGCGCGGGAAGAGCCCAGUUCUGUUGGAGCUUGUUGCACCGGGUUUGGGGGUCGCUUCGGACUGUUGGAUUGAGAAGUUUUUGGAUGCCCGAGAUUCGCUGAAGCUCUCAGCCGAACAUGCAUUCAUGCCAGCUCCCGAUGUAACGGGAGCCCCAACCAUAAGAGCUCUCGACUCCGACGAAUGUAGCGAGUGGCUUGUGCGGUUGCUCCCGCCGAGGCAAGGUCUUAAAACAACUUCCCACAGUCUCAAGCGUACUCUGCUCAGCUACUGUGCCAAAUGGGGAAUCAGCCACACCGAUCGAUUAGCCAUGGGUAGUCACAGCCACCCAGGUCGCAUGAGUGAUGAAUACGCCGAGGACGCUUUGGCUAGGCCGCUUAGGCUUAUCGAGAUGGUUGUCAAGGCCAUUCGGUCUGAAAGGUUCCACCCGGAUGCAACGAGGGCGGGGCGCUUUGAGGGAGCCGAACCCUCGACUGAUCCAAUUGCCGAACCUCUCGAAAGCAUCCUUUCAUUGAAGCCCGCAGGGUCAGCGCCGCUCAGACAGACACCCGCUGAACGACCGGAGCCGGGCUCAGAUUCGAGUGAAGAGUUCGGCACAGGUCUUGAGGUGCCGACUGGUGCUCCAGCAGGCAGUCCCUUGGUUGGCUCUCCCAGUUUUGUCGAGGAGGAGAAAGCAGCCGAGGAAGCCGCGCCAGGCGCCUCAGAAAGCAGCUCGUCUACGGAGACUUCGAGCUCCGACUCUAGCGCGAGCCACCCAGAGCCGGAAGCCGGGCCCGCUCGAUUGAUGUACCCGCCUGCGCCGCCAGAGGACUGUCGGUUUGUUUGCAGAGGCUGA